UAGGAGCGGUGGCGCAAGUCAGUUGUGCCCGAGUUUUCUCCCAAGUCACGAGGCACGAUCUUCCAAGUACUUGUACAAAAUCCCACACCAAGAUUUGACUCCAUAAAAUGUCGACGGUUGUUUAUGCUAUUCCUCGAACGUGCAUCAAAAACUGAAAGUCAACUCAGACAUUGUUCUCCAUCAAGCUUUAGUCAGUACCAAUAGCCCCAACAUGUUGUUUCAGGUUGUGAUUUUGACGCUGAUAUCGCUCGUCAUCACGGAAGAUGUCGCCCAAUACCCACAAGGAUAUUAUCCAUUUGAAGAAUCUCCAGCCAAGAUCCCGCCCAAAGUCAGGAAACCGCCCUACUUGCAAACUCAGAUCAAUUGUCCUGGUGUGGGAGACCCCCUUCAAGAACAGACUCUCGACAAUCUAUGUGGAGACCUGAACAAGGGCUUUCUGCCACUCAAUCCAAUCGGACAAACUGUGGAGGGCGUGUCCUAUCCAUUUGAUCUCUUCAAGAGCAAGACGCUCGAAUACUUUAGCAAGACCUUGCCCAUUCUCAAAGCGGAUGACACGUUACCAAAGGUGGCCAAAUAUGAGGACAACCAUAUUGCUUACAAUCCGACCAUAUUCAAUUCGCAACCGGGAUCUCGCAUUAGCUUCUAUCAUCAUCGCACCCGACGAGAGGCUGAAGAUCUCGAGGCCGUUGAGUCUGCAGCCUCCUUCGAAAGCACUGAUCACGCGGAGACUCCUCGACAGUCUCGAGGAUGGUGUGACGACAGCUACGGUGUUUUCUGCAUGCUCUUCAAUGCCUUCAAAGGCAAAAACAAUGACAAAGCCACUAAUCGCAUUGGCGAUGAGGACAUACCGUCUUUGUCUCAAAUCAACUCUUUGGAAUCUCCAAUGACGCCGUGUCCAAGUGCUGUGGAAUAUGUGACGCCCGUGUUUGCCAAGAACUAUCAAGGAGUGUGGAGAUACGUGGUUCAAAUUCCAUACGAGGGAUACUUUACUCAAACGGUGGAAGUCGUCAAAUGCUUGAGCACGAAAUGCGAAUACUUGGACGGAUCGUGUCUAGCCUCGCCCAGAUGGGUGAGUUUGUUGGUGGCCGAGGUGUAUUAUCCCGACACAUCUUUCCCCAAUCCGACCAAUCCUCACUCCAGUCGGAAUCCCGUUCAAGGUGGAAACCCACCACAGGGCUUCAAUAACGGACAUUUCUCCAAGAAGCAAGGCUAUCAGGCCAAAACGACCACGUCACCCGAUAAAUGCGAUGGCCAAGAUGAGAUGGGAUGUUACCAAGUAAGGUUAUAUUAUGAUUGGUUCCUCAUCCCGGGAUCUUGCAAAUGUUGGAAAAACGACUUCUUUGAACAAUAUGCUAAAGGGGCGCAAGGACAGCCACAAAGUCGGAGGAAAUGA